UUUAAGGGAAACCUGCGUUCAUUGCCAGGGUCAUUCUCCAGGAACUCCACUUCCAAAUCCUGCAUCAGCGAAGAGGGGAAAGAAGGUCUUAAAAACAGAAAAAAGAGAGAAAAGUACUUCCCCUAGGAGAAGUUUCAUGAAUAAAGGCAAUUCUCAGACAGCGUUACGGAGGAGCACGUGGUGCCAGGUGAAACAUCGGGCAGGAGGACCACAGCGAUCCCGGCCCGACGGGGCAGCGGAGCUGCCGGCAGGCAG